GAUCUGGACACCGGGUGUUGGUUCAAAUCUACAAAGCGAAGAGCUAUACAAUCCAGCUACUUGUUCUUGAAACAACAGCGCGUUUAUCAAAACUGAAACAAUAUGGCUGAUUCCUGCUGCUGCCUCGUGUGUGUUCGGACCCAACAGGUCGGGGUAGUUGAAGAUCUCGGUCAAUUCAAGAGCCUGCUCGACCCAGGGCUCCAUUUCAUUUUAUGGCCUUUGCAGAGUAUCGUAGGGCGGAUGUCUUUGCGAAUCCAACAGCUUGAUGUUGUUUGUGAAACUAAGACUAAAGACAAUGUAAGCGAUCCCUUGACUUUCUUUCGUUUAUCGAUUUUGAAAUCGCGUGGUGCCCGAUAGUCGAUCUCGAAUCUGCGAAGGUGCCAAGAAUUACAAAUAGCAUUACAAAGCCUACGCUACCACGACUCACAUUUUCGAACCUUUCAAAACGUGAUCUCCGGCGACGUUUUUCUCAAACAACAGGUGUUUGUCCAGGUUGGUGUUGCUGUGCAAUACCGCGUUUUGGUGGAUGGAGCGUACGAUGCAUACUAUCGAUUGACGGACCCGCGCAACCAGAUUCAGUCUUACGUCUUCGAUGUGGUCCGUUCGACGGUCCCUCGAAUGGACCUCGACGAAGCCUUUGUGUCGAAGGACGAAGUUGGUGGAGCCGUGUUGGCUCAGCUUCGGGACGUCAUGAAAGAAUACGGAUAUGAAAUCAACAAGACAUUGGUUACCGAUCUAUCUCCCGACGUGAGUUUAUAUUUUUCUUUUGCGAGCAACGACCAAUUGUUGGUGUACCUCGUUUUUGUCUCGAUUUGGGACUGUCUUUCUUACCCAUUUCAUUUCCAUGAUUGAAUUUUAUUGCACUUUAGAAUCGAGUCAAGGCGAGCAUGAACGAAAUCAAUGCCAGUCGCCGUCUGAAAGAAGGUGAGCUUUGAAAGUCUCGUUGCUUGUGCAUGCAGUUUAUGACAAUGAAGCGAAUCAAUUGUGUUUGGCAAUUGCGUAUAUGGAAUCAUGGCUUGCGUGGAUUGAUAUUUUCUAGAUUUUUUUAUCUGACCGGCUUUCUUGUUCUCCUUCGUGCACCAAAGCCGCGAGCCACAAAGCCGAGGCCGACAAGGUCAAGCAAGUCAAGGCAGCAGAAGCCGAGGCAGAAGCGAGAUAUUUGAGUGGUCUGGGUGUAGCGCGCCAGCGCAAAGCCAUUGUCAACGGGCUACAGGAAUCUGUGGGAUCCUUUUCCGACGAAGUCGAGGGAGCCACCCCCAAGGAUGUCAUGGACAUCUUGCUCUUGACUCAGUAUUUUGACACCUUGGCCGCGGUGGGCGCCAACUCACUGAUCAUUGAACACGACCCUGCAACGGUUGCUUCCUUGCGCCAAUCUGUUGGGGGAGCAUUUUUGAAUUCCAAGAAGUAAGAAAGGGAAUCGUAUCCUUUGCCGUCUUGAUUUGUGUCGAUUGAUUCUUUCGAUCAGUCCGGGUGGAUUCCAUUGAAUCUAGGGUCCUCUGUGACAAACCAAAUUUAGCUUGCUAUUGGGUUGUAUGUUUUACGCGGCGCGGUCAGAAAACGAAAUGACCGCUGCAAUUUGGGUUGUUUUUGUUUGUGAAGGUCGAAAGUGCGGGUCUGUGAGCACAGAGUGUUUAUCGCCGACAAAAAUCAUUCGUAGAAACCAUAUUUGCCUUUACGAAUGCAAGUCACUGCACAUCAGCUGUAUUGCAGGCUUUCUAUUCGGUACCAUAAAAGAAAUACACGAUGUACCAAAUCUCUCUAUCUUUCAUAGACUUGAUGUAGGAUACUAGUUGUGUCCCUUACAGUGCUGUAUACGAACAGCCAAAGUAAGCUAUCUUUCCAAAGAGACUCAACUAAAAUAUAUUGUAACUAACACUUCGGGAUUUGAAGGAGCAUGGAAAAAUUUGAUGGAUUUUUUACGGAAGGGCUAUUGUUGUAGACAAGAGGCUUAUUUGUGUUCUUGUAUUUUCUACUGCAAUUUGUCGUCUAUUCAGAGCUAAUGUCAUGUAAAGAUGAAUGUGAACACAAUGACUAAAGAUGGCCAUUCAAA